AUGAUUAGGUGGGGAAAGGAGGCCAGAAAGGGACGAGGUGGGGAAAGGAGGCCAGAAAGGGACGAGGACGAGGUGGGGAAAGGAGGCCAGAAAGGGACGAGGACGAGGUGGGGAAAGGAGGCCAGAAAGGGACGAGGACGAGGUGGGAAAGGAGGCCAGAAAGGGACGAGGACGAGGUGGGGAAAGGAGGCCAGAAAGGGACGAGGACGAGGUGGGGAAAGGAGGCCAGAAAGGGACGAGGACGAGGUGGGGAAAGGAGGCCAGAAAGGGACGAGGACGAGGUGGGGAAAGGAGGCCAGAAAGGGACGAGGACGAGGUGGGGAAAGGAGGCCAGAAAGGGACGAGGACGAGGUGGGGAAAGGAGGCCAGAAAGGGACGAGGACGAGGUGGGGAAAGGAGGCCAGAAAGGGACGAGGACGAGGUGGGGAAAGGAGGCCAGAAAGGGACGAGGACGAGGUGGGGAAAGGAGGCCAGAAAGGGACGAGGACGAGGUGGGGAAAGGAGGCCAGAAAGGGACGAGGACGAGGUGGGGAAAGGAGGCCAGAAAGGGACGAGGACGAGGUGGGGAAAGGAGGCCAGAAAGGGACGAGGACGAGGUGGGGAAAGGAGGCCAGAAAGGGACGAGGACGAGGUGUGGAAAGGAGGCCAGAAAGGGACGAGGACGAGGUGUGGAAAGGAGGCCAGAAAGGGACGAGGACGAGGUGUGGAAAGGAGGCCAGAAAGGGACGAGGACGAGGUGGGGAAAGGAGGCCAGAAAGGGACGAGGACGAGGUGGGAAAAGGAGGCCAGAAAGGGACGAGGACGAGGUGGGAAAAGGAGGCCAGAAAGGGACGAGGACGAGGUGGGAAAGGAGGCCAGAAAGGGACGAGGACGAGGUGGGGAAAGGAGGCCAGAAAGGGACGAGGACGAGGUGGGGAAAGGAGGCCAGAAAGGGACGAGGACGAGGUGGGGAAAGGAGGACAGAAACGGAUGUGGAAGACGUGGGGAAAGGAGGACAGAAACGGAUGUGGAAAGACGUGGGGAAAGGAGGACAGAAACGGAUGUGGAAGACGUGGGGAAAGGAGGACAGAAACGGAUGUGGAAGACGUGGGGAAAGGAGGACAGAAACGGAUGUGGAAGACGUGGGGAAAGGAGGACGACAGAAACGGAUGUGGACGACGUGGGCAAAGGAGGACGACAGAAACGGAUGAGGACGACGUGGGCAAAGGAGGACAGAAAGGGACGAUG